CUGCGCGUCGUAUGUCUUCUGGCAGUCUUUUAAUUUUUCUGAUCUGUUUGUCUAUGCUAUGGAACCACCUUUAACUUUAACCUAUGUUUUUAUUUAAUAUCAAAUAUAAAAGCAGAUAAAACUGGCAAUGGCCCAGUAGCAAAGCCAAAACCGAGACAAGACAAAGCAGAUAAAAGUUUCUGUAUUUUUUUUUAUGAAAGCAAUUCAAAGUGAUAUUUUAUGGGAUAUAUCAAUAUCUUUUAAGCGAAGUGUUAGAAGUGAUAGAACCUAAUUUUACCAUGUUUGUUCUAGCCGAAAUGAAAAAUGUAACCAGAAUUUCUCCUGAAUUAUUUAAUCUAAAUUUAAAUGAAGCAGUUGCUGGAGAAUUAAAUAAGAAACUUGCAAAUAAGGUUCUUUUAAAUGUCGGCCUUUGCAUAGCUCUGUUUGAUAUUACCAGUAUUCAAGACUCUUUUAUUAUACCAGGAGAUGGGGCAUCACAUACAAUUGUUUAUUUUCGAUAUAUAGUAUUUAGACCUUUUAUGGAAGAAAUAUUAAUUGGAAAAAUUAGGAGUUGUAGCCAAGAAGGAGUUCACGUCACAAUGGGAUUUUUUGAUGAUAUUUUAAUUCCUCCAAGUGCUUUACAACACCCAUCAAAAUUUAAUGAAACAGAACAGGCAUGGGUAUGGGAGUAUGACACUGGAGAUGGUAGUAAACAUGAUUUGUUUAUGGAUUCUGGAGAAUCUAUAAGAUUCAGAGUUACGGCAGAAAUAUUUACAGAAACUUGUCCAGCUGGCCCUAAUGGUAUUCAAGAAGCUCAGGAUAUUACAGAAAGUAAAGUCCCUUACAGCUUAAUGGGUAGUAUAAAUGAGCCUGGUCUUGGUCUCUUAUCAUGGUGGGAUAAUUAGAACUUAAAUAAUUAUAAUAUAUGAAACUUGUGAUAAUAUUUAAGAAACCUCAUAUUUAUAUUAAUAAAAACAAAUUUCAUCUAGAAAA